AUGGCUUUCGUCUUCAAUGUAUUUGUAAACACUCAAAGUAGACUGAACUGUACCUGCUCUUCUUCGCUUAUUACAAAUGUUUCUUUAUCGCAACAUGCUAUAGCUGAACUUGGUCGUCUCUCGCCGGAAUACGGAACGUUCAGACAACUUAAUGCCUCUACAUUCUAUCCGGACAUUAAAGCAAAAGUUUUCAAAAUCGAACGCAACAACGCAAGUGAAAUCUAUAAUAAAGAGAUCGCUUCAUGGACAUUUUACAGUAAGGUCACGCUAUUAUAUGAAAACUUCGACAUCGACGUGAAAGCUAUGACGCAAUAUCGCAUCGCCACACUACUAAAUCCGCCUUUCGUACAGUUGACCCGCAAUCCCAAAAAGCCUUACGAAGGCUUUUGCAUUGAUCUCAUUGAGAUGAUUAGCAAAGAGCUGAAUUUCACAUAUGCUAUAUACGAGGUGGAGGAUGGCUUAUUUGGCGUGCCCGAUCUUGAUGGUAACUGGAACGGUCUCAUCGGUGCUUUGGUAUCGGGAUCCGCCGACAUUGCCUUGGCAUCUUUGAGUGUAACGGCUGAACGCGAAAUCGCUGUUGACUUCACAAUACCCUACUACAAGACCGUUGGUGGUGCAAUUUUGAUGAAGAAGCCAAUUAUGCAAUACUCGCCCUUCAGAUUCAUGCAGGUUUUGGAAUGGCCCGUAUGGCUUUGCAUAGCAGCUGCAUACCUAUUAUCAAGCAUUACUCUGUGGCUAUAUGAAAAAUUCAGCCCAUACUCGUGUACGAACAGUGGAAACAGGAGCAUUAGUCACUUACAAAUGCGCGUGUUCACACUCAAAGAAUGCCUGUGGUUUUGCGUGACAUCCUUGACUCCGCAAGGAGGAGGAGAAACUCCAAGAAAUUUGUCUGGAAGAAUUGCGGCUGCGACAUGGUGGCUGUUCGGAUUUAUUAUCGUUGCUUCGUACAGCGCAAAUCUGUCAGCAUUCUUAACGGUAGCCCGAAUCGAACAGUCCGUACGGUCGCUAGACGAUUUGGCCAACCAGCACAAAAUCAAGUACGCCCCAGCGAAAGCGAGCUCAAUGUACUCAUAUUUUAAGAGUAUGGCUGAAAUCGAAGAAAAAUUUUACAGCAUUUGGAGAGAUAUGGCAAUAAAUGAGAGCAUGACUCGUGCCGAGUUUCCAGUAUGGGACUAUCCUAUAUCAGACAAGUACACUAAGAUGUGGAGGUUCAUGCAAGAGUCCAAGUUUCCGAAAGAUUUGAAUGAAGGCAUAAAUCGAAUUCUUACUUCGGAUGAAGAGUUCGCAUUCAUUGGAGAUUCCACAGAAGUAAAAUUUGCAGCUCUCACAGAUUGUCGGUUGCAAGUAGUCAGUACGGAGUUCUCUCGCAAACCUUUUGCUGUUGCACUUCAAGCGGGACACAGCCUUAAAGAGAAAAUGAGCGGAGUCAUCAGAAAGCUGAUGAUUGAUAGAGUUCUUGAAGCUCUCGAAGAGAAAUGGUGGAACGAAAAUCCUGAAAGAGUAGUUUGUACGGAAAAAAACUACAAAGAUGGGAUGGACAUUCUUGAUGUAGGAGGAGUGUUCGUUGUUAUCCUAGCAGGCUUCGUUCUAUCGAUGGUCACAUUCACCAUUGAGUAUUCUUUGCACAGAAAAAACAAUGCCAAAAUUGUCGAACAUCAUUGA